AUGGUCUGCCAUCGCGCGUUCGCGGCUGUCUUAUUCGCGGCCUGCGCAGCCGCAUUCGCCUCGUGCGAGCAGCCUACCACCUCUUUGGAGGUGUAUACGUCGUUUGAGCCCAUCUUCCUGGAGCUGCGCGAUGGGAGCUCUCAAGAGCGCCGUAAGUCGAAGCGCCGCAAGAGGUCGCGUCGUAAGCAUUGCUCCAACUGCCGCCUGAAGAGCGAACGUCACUUGGAAGAGGUUAAACCUCAUGCACAUGACGCGCACGAGCACAGCAACGAUGCUAAAACUUCGGAAAGUGACCACGAAAAGCACUCGUCAUCGUCGUCUACUUCUGGGGAACAUGCGUCCCACGAGGCUUCCGAGCAUGCCUCGACCCAUAGCGAGACUAAGGACCAUGACGAGCACAAGAAAGAGGAAACAUCUUCGGAUCAUGCUUCCACUGCGGAGCACAAGGACGAGCAUUCAACGCCUGUGAAUGAUGAGCACGACCACAACAAGGAUACAUCUAAUGACUCCCACCCCAAGGACACCACAUCCGAGCAUUCCUCCACCACCACGGAAUCUGACCAUUCGAACUCUGAGAACAAGCAUUCGGAAACUUCAGGAUCCGAAAAUGAGUCAUCACAUGAUUCUGGACACUCAUCGGAAUCUGCCACUCAUGGUUCUGACUCCAAUCAUGACUCUGCGAACACCAGCCAUGAGUCUUCAGACUCUAACCACGAAUCUUCGCAGUCCAGCCACGACUCAUCAGACUCCAAACACGGUUCUUCCGACUCAUCCAACACUUCAAGUGAAUCAUCUGAGUCCAAACAUGAGUCGUCAGACUCCUCCCAUGAGUCAUCUGACUCUAACCAUGGGUCAUUAGAAUCCAGCGGUAGUUCAUCGGAUUCCAACCACGGCUCGUCAGAAAACUCUCAUGAUUCAUCGGAAUCCAAUCAUGGAUCUUCGGAAGCUAACAGCCAUUCAUCCGAUUCUUCCAGUGAUUCGUCAAGCGUGAAUUCAAGCAGUUCGGAUUCUCACACGGAAACCCACACUGAGUCCCAUUCAUCUGAUGAGCACAACAGCUCCAAAUCUUCGGAAGACAACAGCGCUUCUAACGAGAAUGAGACGUCGAAAUCAUCAGAGAACAACGAGUCAUCUACAUCUAGCGAGUCGAAGGAAUCAUCGGACAACGACUCAGCCAAGUCGUCUAACGACCAUGACUCCAACGAGAAGUCAGAAGACAAGUCAUCUGACGACUCUAAUAAAUCUGAGCACACGUCAUCGAAUGAAGAGCACAAGGAGUCGGGGGACUCGCACCAUGAAAACAACGAGCACAAGGACUCAUCAUCGGAAUCUAACGACACCGACAAGCACGCCGAUGACAAGGCUGCUGACAAACACGAGUCUACGGAUGCACAUGGAGGUGAGGGGAAUGGAAACGAAUCACAUGAGGUGAAGGAGCCAGUGGCAGUGUCACUGCUUGAUGAACAUGCCUAUGACCAAGAAGCAGAAUCAGACCCUUCGGAGUCGGACUCCAAGGACAGCUCCGAUUCUAGUGAAGGUGAGACGUGUAGUGUGAAGAAUGGCUGUAAAAAGGGUGGUAAAUCAUCGACACAAGAUUCCUCUGACUCCACUAACGAGCAAGAGUCGCCCGCUGAAAACGUAGCAGAGGGUGACAGUAACCGUGAAAAGAAGGGUGACGAUGACAGCGACAAAAAGGAUGAUGACAGCAAUGAACAGAAAGGUGAUAAUGACAGUGACCGGAAGGACGAUGACCAGAAGGAUGGAGACAACAACAAGCAGGAAAGCAUCAGUGACAACAAAAAUGACGGUUCCGAGGGUGAUAAAUCGCAUGAGGAUACGUCGAGUUCGUCAGAUGAAGUAAAAAAGAAUUCCCACGUUACGGAAUCUACGGACGCCAAUGUUGAGGAGCAUGCCUCCGACAGCAAGGCUGAUGCAGAGCAUACGUCCGAAGAACCUGCAAAAGGCCAUGCAGAUGAACAUGACGUUUCAGCUGUAUCCAGUGAGGAUCAUCCGAUAGCGCUUCAUGCCGACCACAGGGCCGCCACCGCUCAGAAGGAUGGUGAGGACAAGGUGGAUAAUGACAAAGCCUCUCAUGGGGAGGAGAAACAGUCCCCAAAGGGCGAAGCCGAACAUGAAUCUAAGCAUCACGAGGUGGAGAAUGUCCAUGCUUCGUCUGAAGCGAAAGGAGAUGCUGCCACCCACGGCACCAACCACCUCUUCGAGCUGCGCAAACCUAACAUGUCUUGCAGCAUAGACUGCGCCGAUGACUGCCAAACUGUGUUGGGCGGUAAGACGCAAUGCCUAUCGAACGAGGACGGCGCGCCCAGGUGCAUUCCAUUCGACAAUGCCAAGACCCUUCAGUGCGAGGGUGCCCACAGGCCCUGCGUGAUGCCGCAGGUGGAGCCUGAUCAGGCUUUCGAGUUGCGUGCCAGCACUGAAUCGGCUCCCCAUGCGGGUGAAUUUGCUAUUAAAGGCAAGGGCUUCAACGACUGCAUCUCCAUGCUGUUGAUCAGUAUGGACGAGACAUGCAGCAAGGCCAACAUCCAUCAGAACAUCGAGGCCACCCGUGCAGUAUUGGACCCCGUAUACGACGUUGUUCGCGGCGAUGAUUCGUUGAAGUUCUCCGGCGUGAAGGUCCGCUCUCCAGGCAAGUACCGCAUCUGUCUGUACCAGCAGUACGAGCCUGCUUCGAUCAAGUAUUCCUUCGCCGGUUUAUUCUUGGGCCUCCUGGAGCUCGUCCACCUCAGGCAUCAUACCGAUACCGUGCGUACUGUGUACAGCAUGGACGCCGGCAGCCUAGUCGUGCACUAA